AGGGGAGAACUCAGUUGGGCGGCGGUUGAGCUCCGGGGCCUUCUACUCGGGGGAGAGAGGCCAGGUCUGAGAUUCCAGAUUUCUACAUGGUGUGUACACUCUUUGCUCAUCAAGAUGUCUGUAAAUGUCAUGAUCUACGAAACCCAGUUCUUUGGCUUCACCCCUCAGACGUGCAUGAUGCGUAUGUACCUUGCGUUCCAAGACCAUCUCUUUCACAUGAUGCUGGUAAUAGAAGAGGUGAUCCUGAAGAAACUGGAGAGCAUGCGCCACUCUAAGCUCACACCUUCUUCGAUCCGUCGAAGCAGCGAAAAAUUCCUUGCCUAUAUGAGGAACCACUUUGACCAGCUGUUUGGCAAAAUGGAACAAGUGCUGCUACGGGUGGUGCUAACGAUCCCAGAAAAUGUUUUGCUCCCCGAAGACAGAUGCCAGGAUCAAUACCGCUACACUGAAAGCCAGUUUCAAGAACUCCAGGAGGAGAUCUGUCACCUGGAGCACCGCAUCAAGGCUGAAAUAUCUGCUCAGCAGGCUCUGAAAACAGAGCUAGAAGAGCAAAAAGCCACCCAGGAGCAGCUUGAAAGGAUCCUUCAGUGGUUUGAUGGCCUCGACAACAUCUGCCGAGAACAUGGGACCAGCAACCUCAAAGAAAGCUUUGCUUUCUUGAAAGGAAAUGCCACCAAAUUGCAAACUGUGAUGCAGGAAGUUGAAGAUAAAAGCAAGAAGUUGCACAAGAAGUGAUUGCGCUAAGGAAGCACUAGAGCAGAAAGAGUUUGCCAUUACGCUAAUAAGCCUUUUGUUACCCCCAAAUAAUAAACUUGAAUUGUAUGCUAAAAGCAGAUUCUGAAAGGUUGAU